AAGUAAAUUUUGAUUUGAAAAUAAAAAUUAUCUUUAAAGUUAACUAAUAUCAAUCUAUAUCAACCGGCUUUUUGGUCUCUCAGGGUCCAAUAACUAAAAAGUAAUGCGGUGGCCACCACUCCAUUGAUCAUUGUUGAUAUUUUACCUGUAAAACUCUUAACACAAGCUUACUUUUAGAUUGACAUCAAUGAUGCUCUGGAAAGUCUCUGGUGUCUCUUCUAGUGGCGGAGUGAAUCUGACAAUGCCAGCACAGUUGACGAGAAUGUCUGGGUAUUUUCGGUAUUCAAGGAAGAUUUUAUUUAAUAUAUCCACAGGUGGUGUGUCGGUCACAUCAAACUUCAUAAAUGAAUGGCUAGCUCCUGGACAUAACAAGGGGUUUUUUUAACUUUGCUUGAACUAUGAACUAUGAAACAAAUUUACAAAGCACAGAACAUUUCUUUUCCUAAGUCUAUGAUCAUGCAAUUGAGUUCAAAUAAUAACAACAGCUAUGAACUAAGUCUGAUGCAAAGUUGUGGUGGGAGAGGCCCAAAAAAAGAAACAUGGUUUUUUUUAGGAAGGGCCGGUUUCUCGUAUAAAUCCGUAGUUCGCUUGUACGCCGUAAUGAGGCUCAUCACCAUUUACAAGCAUAACAUAAUGCCAAUUUCAGCUCUGUAUCUGUGAUGUACGCUUCGCUGUAUGUUUUAAAGUUUUUAUUUAAACAAUCAAAUCUCCGGCCGCGCCCUAGGUAUGACCCAGACCGCUCAAAGAAGACCACUAAGAAAAAAGUAUUUCUCGGCUGUUUUUACACUCUAUAACCCAUUUUCGUAAUUUAACCUCACUCAUUGUGUUAUUGACACCACCUUCCGUCAUGUUUUAAAAAACACACAGAGAAUCGUAAAUGACAGCUACAGAGCUGAAAUUUGUGUCAUUCAGUUCACAAAAGAUGCCAGUAAAUGGCGGUGAGUGAAAUACGGAUUUAUACGUGAAACCGGCCCUACUUAAAAACCGCCCUCGUAUUUUGUAGUUUUACAUAUUGGUAUCGUGGAGAUGACCAACAUGAAGUAUAGCCUACCUGGUAAUGUUUCCAUUGUUGCCUUCGCUCCAUAGUCAUCCACACAUGUGACAACUACCGUGGCACCUUCUCUGGCCAACACCUGACAUGCUGCUCUGCCUAUGCCACUACUGCCACCUGCGUCAUGCAUUUAGCAUCAGAAAAUGCUAUGGACUCGACGAUUUGGAAGCUUCUAGAAACCGACGUGCAACCUUCUAGCAAGUUGUCUUCUUGAAGAAAACCCUACAACAUUUGAUACCUAAUGGAUUUUUCAAAAUUAUUUUAACACCAGCUCUUAUAACACCAAGGAAAGAAAGGAUGCCAGCACGAGAAGCCUAUAUCAUGUUGGUGGGGAUCCUAAUGGCUACUUGCCGAGAAGUAAGCGGGGUCGUCGUCCAUGCAACCGUGGAUCUAGGAGGGGGACAAACGGAAUUGCUGCAGAUGCUUUUGAAAAAGAUUGACACGAUGGUCAGUAAAGAACAAGAGGACACUAAGAUAAUUGCAACAGAGGGUUCAGAAUUGGCAGAUACCCUACUGCAGGCCUCUUCAUCGGUCACAAUCAAGGGUAACAUCACCGAUCACGACAGACGAUUGACUCUUACCUUCACACUACAGGCGUCCAGGUCAGACCACAGCUCUGCCACCGCCAUGAUAGAUGCUGAUGACGAAGACGCUGAGGAAGAUGAUGAGUGGCGAUGCUGCAGCUCCAGCGGCGUGCUGACUCCGAUAGUGGACGUCGUGGAGCCAUACUUCCUCGGCUUCGUGGAGCUCGUGGUCAACGGCAUCCUCAGCACAGUGAUCAGCAACUUUCUAGAGGGCAGCAAUCUUCUGGGAGACGUCAGACUAGUUUGAACCGUUCUACUCUGUAACUUGCUGUAGGGGUCUAAAAAUAACUAUUGAUUAGGAAUCCUAAAUAAGUGUAUAUCAAUCCACCCAAUGUAUCUUCCAAAUCUUAUGGAUUGGCUGAAGAAAAUAUUUUUAAAAGCUAUUUUCGUCGUCACAUUUAAAAAUGUAAAUGGGUCAGCUGAAGACAAUUUGAUGUACUUUACGUUCUGUAACGCCUACAUGUUUUGGUGUCUUCUCUUCGUUAACAUGAUGUCACGGCUAUUAGAACGGAAAACUGUAAGUAUCAUAAACACAAAAAAAUGACGUUGUUGGCCCAAAAGUAAAAAUAUCCGUAUUAAAUGGAAUAAUUGUCAAACCAGAUGUUACCGUUAUCGGGUCAGUCGGUCAAUGACGUUAUUUGUUUAUGUUUAUGAGCCAUACUGUUAUCCGUCAUAAUAUUCGAGGAGUCUGUUUAAAUAAUUUUAAAAUAAUUGCCACCAAAACGAGCGGUCUAUUUGUAAACAGUUUCUUCUCUGGAUUACAUUUCCUUGGUUAAAGAACAAUGAAAACAUCGUAAUUAUUCUUAUUUUCUUUCCAUCCUGUAAAUACUGAAAAUUGCAAAAAGUAAAGAUUAUAAUAACGUCAAAAGUAAAAACAAAAGUAAAGUUCUAAAUUUAUAACUUUCAGAUAUGAGUUUUUGAACUCAAAUAUUUCCAUGGGGAUGGUAAGAUAUACAGCUGGUUUACAAUGAAGAAAAUUAAGUGUACGGCUUCGUUUGUUAAACAGUGUUACUUUACUGUACUGCCAAUGAAAUGUUUAACCCUUUUUUACAAGAAGGUUUUUAACAUUUUUGUACUUAUAGCUAAGAGAAUUUUAACAUCAAAUCUAUAUGAGUAAAUUGAUGAGUUCUUAAAUUAAAUAGUUUAUUAUUUUGUGUAAUAUUUUAAAUUCCAUUCAGAAAAUAUUCUUAAAACAAAUUUACUUCCUUAGUUACAUUUUUUUCUCAAACGAUUAAUUGUUGCUAAAUCAACUUUCUGGUGAGUUUUUUUUCCUUUUAUUGUUCUGGUAAAAGUAGAAGUAAACCACACAAUAAGUAGUCUUAAAACUGAGAACAACGAAAAUGUAAGACUUAAUGCAUGUUUAUUGCACUGAUUCAAUAUAGACAAAUGUAAAAAACAUUGAAUGAAAAUAAAUUUACGAUCCUCUGACUAUUAA